UCGGCCUCCCGCACCACCAUUGGCUGUGUUCUCGCCUGGCCAGGCCAAGUCGCACUGCGAUUGGCCUUGGCGGAUGCCGGUAACCCGUGCUAGCGGCUUUGGUUCCCCCGCACCGUAGAUGUCAAAGGCUGAAGCUGCUCCCUUUGCCACAUUAUAACUAGUAGAGGAUCCUCACCGACCAUGGCCACAGCUGCCUCGAAUCCCUACAGCAUUCUCAGUUCCAGCUCCCUUGUCCAUGCGGACUCUGCGGGCAUGCAGCAAGGGAGUCCUUUCCGCAAUCCUCAGAAACUUCUCCAAAGUGACUACUUGCAGGGAGUUCCCAGCAAUGGGCAUCCCCUCGGGCAUCACUGGGUGACCAGUCUGAGCGACGGUGGCCCGUGGUCCUCCACAUUAGCCACCAGCCCCCUCGACCAGCAGGACGUGAAGCCCGGGCGCGAAGAUCUGCAACUGGGCGCUAUCAUCCAUCACCGCUCGCCACACGUAGCUCACCACUCACCGCACACUAACCACCCGAACGCCUGGGGAGCGAGCCCGGCUCCAAACCCGUCCAUCACGUCCAGCGGUCAGCCCCUCAACGUGUACUCCCAGCCAGGCUUCACCGUGAGUGGAAUGCUGGAGCACGGCGGACUCACCCCACCGCCUGCCGCUGCCUCCACACAGAGCCUGCACCCGGUGCUCCGGGAGCCUCCAGACCACGGUGAGCUGGGCUCGCACCACUGCCAGGACCACUCGGAUGAGGAGACACCAACCUCCGAUGAGUUGGAACAGUUCGCCAAACAAUUCAAACAAAGAAGAAUCAAGUUGGGUUUCACGCAGGCCGACGUGGGGCUGGCAUUGGGCACAUUGUAUGGCAACGUGUUCUCGCAGACUACCAUCUGCAGGUUCGAGGCCUUGCAACUGAGCUUCAAGAACAUGUGCAAGCUGAAGCCCUUGCUGAACAAGUGGCUGGAGGAAGCGGAUUCGUCCACAGGGAGCCCGACCAGCAUUGACAAGAUCGCCGCUCAAGGCCGCAAGCGCAAGAAGAGAACCUCCAUCGAGGUGAGUGUCAAGGGCGUACUGGAAACGCAUUUCCUCAAGUGUCCAAAGCCUGCAGCGCAGGAGAUCUCCUCGCUGGCAGACAGCCUCCAGUUGGAGAAAGAAGUGGUGCGUGUCUGGUUCUGUAAUCGAAGACAAAAAGAGAAAAGAAUGACUCCACCAGGGGAUCAACAGCCACAUGAGGUUUAUUCGCACACGGUGAAAACAGACACGUCGUGCCAUGAUCUCUGACUGGAGAAAGCAAGGAAGUGGCCGGCUGCACUGGGAGCAGUGCGGAUUUUGUUCUCAUUCCCUUUCUUUCAUCAUUGCAUUCUUUAUUAGUGCUAUCUCUCCAGCUUGCCCGUCUUUCUUUCUUUCUUUCUUUCUUUCUUUCUUUCUUUCUUUUUUUCUCUCUUUCUUUUUCUUUUAUCCCCCCCCCCUCACACACGUAGGGGUCUCUAACUUAUGCUAAGAAAAGAAAUACAUUCAGGCUUUUAAACUCUGAUUCAUAAUUGUAUUAAACAGUCCAGGUGAGGACUUCACAAUCCCUGCCGCAGGGACAAUUCCUCUCCAAUGUUUUCUGCUGGUCAAUACAUAUUGUUUACUCUGAGUACGGUUUGUUUGGU